GUUGGGAAGAAUGAAACCCAUCAUUCUUCUUCUCCUCCUAGUUCCUCCCCUGUAGAGGCGCAAAUGGUCUCCGCAAUCGAACAAAAAGUCGAGACCUUGACCUUCUAGACUGAUCAUGACUUUUACCCACCAGACCUUUCAUUCAUUCAAUUAGUCAAAUUACCAUUGUUAUCAUUUACAAAUCUUCUCAUCCCUUUUUCCAAAACCAAACCCCUGUAACUCGAAACCAACCAGAGAAGAAGAAGAGGAAUGGAAUCAGCGAAAUCCGCCAGCCUGGGCAGCUCUCUGCUCGUGCCUUCCGUCCAGGAGUUGAUCAAGACCGAAAUCGGCGCCGUCCCGCCCAGAUACUUGCGCCCUGAUCAAGACCAGCCCAUCGUUUCCGACGCCGAUGUUCCGAUUGUUGAUUUGGGUAAGCUGGUUGAUGAAGCCACCAUGGAUUCCGAGCUCGCCAUCCUCCACUCCGCCUGUAAAGAUUGGGGCUUUUUCCAGCUGGUAAACCAUGGAGUAAGCUCUACUGUGGUGGACAACAUGAAGACACAAGUUCAAGAAUUCUUCAACCUCCCAAUGGAAGAAAAGCAAAAAUUCUGGCAAUCACCAGGAGAAGUGGAAGGUUUCGGACAGUCAUUCGUUGUCUCCGAGGAGCAGAAGCUCGAUUGGGCCGAUCUCUUCUUCCUCGUCACUCAGCCUCCACAACUCAGGAAGCCUCAUUUGCUCCCGAAGCUCCCCCUUCCUUUCAGGUCUCAUACAUCAUUAUCCGUUCGAUUGGAUUAGGGGGUUGAAUUUCUCACAGUGUCUGAUCUGUUGGGUCUGUUUCCACAGGGACACAUUGGAGAGCUACUCCCUCGAGGUAAAGAACCUGGCAGGCAAAGUACUGGACCAAAUGGCGAAAGCCUUGCAGAUGAAACCAGAGGAGAUGAAGGACAUUUUCUCAGGGAACAUAAGGCAGACAAUGAGGAUGAACUACUACCCUCCGUGCCCCCAGCCCGACAAGGUCAUCGGCCUGACACCCCACUCCGACGGCACUGGCCUCACCAUCCUCUUACAAGUGAAUGAAGUUGAAGGCUUGCAGAUCAAGAAAGACGGGAACUGGGUACCGGUUAAGGUCCUUCCCAACGCGUUCGUGGUCAAUGUCGGUGACAUCGUCGAGAUCAUAACCAAUGGGGUGUACCGGAGCAUCGAGCAUCGGGCGACGGUGAACUCGGAGAAGGAGAGGCUGUCGAUUGCUAGUUUCCAUUCUCCUAGGUUUGAUGGUGAGAUUUACCCUGCACCGAGCUUGGUGUCUGGCGAGACGCCUGCCUUGUUCAGGAAUGUGAGCGUUAAGGAGUUCUUUAAGGGGCUAUUCUCUCGUGAGCUUCAGGGGAAGUGUUACCUCGAUACCUUGAGAAUCUAAUGAGGGUUGGAAAUGGCCCUACGAAAGCAUCCUUUCAGGUUUGCUUGCAGCUUGUUCUUGCAUGAGUAACAGAAAUGUACCGUAUUUUGGGUUUGCUUGUAUAAUAUUGGGGUAAAAAAAUGCAAGAAUGCCAUUGAACUUUUUGUCGUUGUUAAUACAUCAGUUUGUUAUUUUUA